AUGAAAUUCACUCAAAUCUUCUCUGCUAUUGCUUUAUUAUUCACUUACGUUACUGCUGUUGCUAUUUCAAAAGGUGAAGUCAAAUUGGAUACUGUUAAACGUUCAGCUCCAGUUGUUGAUGCUUCAAAUGGUGAUUUAGUCUCAGGUUUAGAAACAAUUAUUCCAACUAUUGCUUCUAUUAUUUUCAAUGCUUUAGGUGAAUCACCAGAUAAAUUUGCUACAGUUAUUCCAGGUGUUUUAUCAAAUUUAAAUUUAACUUCAGUUAAUCCACAACCAUUAAUUUUAGCUGCUGAAUCAAACUCAACUGCUACUCCUUCAGGUGGUUCAGGUGAUCCUGCAUUCGGUUUCGUUGCUAAUAUUGUUUCAGAAAUUUUUAGAAUUUUGGGUGUUUCUACUUCAACUAUUAUUUCAAAUUUACCAGGUAUUAUUUCUGCUAUAAUUAAAAUUUUCCAAUUAACUAUUCCUGAUAUUAUCCAUUUGAUUACUGGUUUGUUGACUGGUAAUCCAUUAUCAAUUCUUAAUAUUAUUAAAAUUGCAGGUGAUGUUGUCCAAGAUUUAGGUCUUGGUUUCCAAGAAGCUAUCACUGUUAUUCAACAAAUCAUUUCUAAUUUAUCUUAA